AAAAGUUGACAGUUUUGGCGGCAUUAGUUUGAUAGACUAUUUACAAUCGUUGAAAUGAAAUUUCUCUAGGCCUAUAUAUAAAAAAACGAAAAAAAAAGUGGUGCAGAAAAAAACUAAUUGUGCACAGUUACUGUACUUUAAACACAGAAAAACGUACGUGUCGUCAGUAUUAUGAAGUUUUUUGUUUACGACUGCUGUGUAAUUUUACUGGUUUACAAAUAGUUAUGUCAUGUAUGCUUGAAUAUGUAAAGUAAAUAAGUAUUCCGUAUUCUUAACUCUCCGCAAACUCGAAAAUAAAUCAUUGACCGAGGCACGUUUUAUCUACCACCAUACAGCGCAUGCGUGACAUGCAUUAUGCAGAGCAGUGCAGGGUUCUGGUUUCAUAAUUCUACUUUUUUACAAUAUGCGCUUUAUAAGUAGACAAUUAUUAUUAUUAUUAUUAUUAUUAUUAUUAUUAUUAUUAUUAUUAUUAUUAUUAUUAUUAUUGUUGUUGUUGUUGUUAUUUUAAUUAAAUAUAGGCUUCAUUUGUUCUAACCCACUUAACAAAUUACAAAUUUACAGGCUAAUUCUAUUCAGUUUUCAGAAAUUUGCAACCGUUUGUAAGAAAAGCUGCUGACCAGAAAUGGAGUGUGCAAUUUGUUAAUGUCAUCGACGAAGAUAUAGAAACUUGGACAGAUAUAAUAAAAGAAGGCUACAUCAAAAACAUUCUGAUCUACUGUGGCACAGAAGAGGUGCUGACAACCACAUUAAUGGAUGCUAUUGAUUUUGAAUUGAUGGAAACAGACUACCAUUGGAUCAUAGGAAAUCCAGACGUUUACUACAACGAAACACACACCGAAAGCCUUCAGGAUGUUGACGCCUACAUCACCAACUUCAGAAUGACCGUUGAUCCGAGCACAGUUUAUUCUACAUUUAACUUACCGUCUCACGAUGAAUGGACUUUAAAACAGAAACUUGUGUUUGAUACAGUUUUUGUUCUCAGAGAAGCAGUCAUAAGUUACAGUGACGAGAUGAAGCGCAAGUUUCCAGGAAGGUCACUGUAUUCAUUGAUACCCGGAGAUACAAUUAUGUUGGAUUGUGAAGAUGAUUGGACUGGGAUGCCUAAAAGUCCGCUCACCCGUCACCUUACACAAAACUUAAAUUUACAUGGUCUGACAGGGCACAUCACUUUCAACGAAAUCGGAAACCGUGUGGACUAUUCGAUAUCCAUUUACAGUGGUAAAGGUGGCAGCAUGGAUAUUAAGCGUGGUGAAUGGAUUCAAAAUCGAAGCCAUUGGGAGCAGUUAUAUAAUGAUGAAUUGGCUACAGAUGUUGUCCACCUUAGCAUUGAUCCAACGUGGACAGCAGGAAAUGAGAUAUUCGUCGUUGGCAGCGUCAUGGUCUCACCUUUCAUGAUGGAUGUUGAGCUGGACUAUAGCAGUACGUUGCUAGAGGAUAAUGAACGCUUUGAAGGGUACAUCCCGGAUCUUAUGAUGGAAAUUCGCAAAGUUUUAUUAAAUGAUGGACUGGAAUUUGAGUAUGAACUUGUCCCAUACGAUGAUGGACAAUACGGCUACAAGGACUUGGACAGUGAAGAAUGGUCAGGUGUGAUAGGAGCUGUGAUUAACCAGGAAAUUGACAUUGCCACGGGACCGUUAACUAUAACUGACAAACGCGAGGAGGAAGUUGAUUUCACCUUACCAAUUAGUGAGAGUCCAGUCCAGAUACUUGUCAAACACCCUAGUUACAUUUACAAUACUCACGAUUUUAGUUUUACAUUCCCGCUUGGCGUCGAAGUUUGGUGUGCAAAUCUCGUCGCUUUAUUCUUUGUAGCCGGUCUUCUAUGGAUCAUCAACCGAUCUAGUACAACAGAGUGGGCCGCUGUAGCACGAAGGGGUGAAGUUCAUCCAGUCAAUAAGGAUAAUUUUAAUUUUAAGAACGCUCUCUGGUUUGUAACGUCGAGUGCGUUUCUUCAAAGUUAUGAUGCGUCACCACGUUCGAACGCCGGUCGUAUCGGCGCUGCAGUGUGGUGGGUGUUUUCAUUAUUGAUGUUGUCUUCAUAUUGUUUAAAUCUCUCAAAUUACAUGAACGUUAAUAAGCAACAAGCGUUCUAUCGUACAUCACGUGACUUAUUGCAACAAACGGAGAUUGUUUACGGCUGCGUAAAAGACGGAUCUACGUAUUCAUUGCUUGAGGAUGCGAAACACGGGGACCUACGCUCUAUUUAUGAAUACAUGUUUACAAAUGUAUACGACCCGUACGUCAGUGAUAUUGGUACUGGUAUCGAACGCGUGCGCGAGAGCAAUGGAAAGUAUGCUUUUCUUGCUGAGUCAGCUUUAAUGUUAAAUGAAAUUACAGAGUCACCAUGUAAUGUAUACCUGGUACCAGAAGCGAUUGGUACAGUCAGGUACGGCUUAGCUGUCCAGCCAGGAUCACCACUUCGCGAUCAACUGUCGUACGCUAUUAAAGUACUAAAGGAGAAUGGCGUGUUAGAAGAACUUGACGCAAAAUGGAUGCGACCCCAAAGUGAAUGUGACAACUAUCUUAGUACCUGGAACAAACAAGGCUUGUAUUCACUAACAAUCGUAGACCUGAAGGGUAUCUAUUAUAUAUUACUCAUAGGAGUAGCGAUUUCGCUCCUGUUUUUCUUCUUGGAACUCAUGUGUUAUUUGCUGCUUCGUCCACGGCGCCGUUAUUCGCCAAUGAGAGAAACAAUGAGAGAAACACAUUAUUCAUUCGGUGUGCAGUUACAGCGCUCUAAAGAAAAUGUAAGCAAUGAAGAUGAGAGAGACCUUAAGGAAACUGCAGAACUUGACCCUACAACGACCUCCAGUACAAAACAGAAACAGUGGCUGUAAGUAGGGAAAACCUAUGACAGGCUAAUAGGCCUUACGGUAUUUUGUAAAAAAAAUAAAAUAAAAUCCAACUGCACAAAACGACUGUGACCCGUUUUGUGUGUUUGCCGCUAACGAAAACGGAUAUCUCAGAACAACAUACAGCGUGCAGUGACAGUACGUAUUGGAGAUAUAAUUUAAAACACAUUGUUUGGAAGCUAGACCUACUAUUCAGAAAGAAUUUGGACGACCAAUCACAUUGAAAAUUGUGCGUUAUAGUUUUUAAACAAUGGUUAAAAGUUAUAAAAAUAUAUGAAGUGAGCCCUCUAGGAUUAAGCAGACCACCACCAAACCGCCAAUUAUUCUAAUUUUUAAAUAAUAGAUUAUUAGGCUAGUCUGUUAUGUCUAUAAGAUAAUGAUUUAAUGAAUUGUUUAAAGAACAUCUGUUGAUAACGUAGACCUAGUUAUAGGCUGAUAUAUAAACUGUACAAGGCAUUGACUUAUCAGUUACCAGUAGCCUAUUAUGCAAUGAUUGAGGAUACGUUUUGUAAAAAAAUUUGUAGCGUUUCUGUCUUCCAUCAUUUUUGGACAUGCUUUUUUAUGUAGUUUUAUAUUUAAAAAAGUAUUUGAAUCAAUUAAAGUGAUGGAUAUAAUCGUAUUAUCGAUUCACAGAGAGAUUCGCCAACGUUUCAUAUUUUACAAGUAACUUAGCUAUGUCUGAGUAUUUUUUUUAAAUAGCGCCGCCUAUAUUUUGCUUGAAAUUAUAGCUUUUCUGUAACACAUCAUUUAUUGAUAUUUUGAAUUGUAGGAGCAUAAAUAAUGCAAGUGAGAUCAGAAAUGUACCGAAAUAUAUACAAUAAACAAAUUUCUGGUAAAA